AUGUAUCCUCUACUGUUGGGAGGCUUGUCUACUCUAGUGAAAUCUUUGAGAUCAAGGUGCAUAGAAUUGAUCACUGAAAUUGAGGCUCGUUUAGAUUUUGAAGACAAGAUGCCUCCAUUGGACCCUAUGAUGCUGCUCAUCAAAAUUAACAGCAUGAGGCAAGAGGUUCAAGAUGCUCUUGAUACUACAAAGUAUGAUAAGUUGUUGCUGUCUGGUCUACAGAUAGCAAUAAUUGGCCACCCAAAUGUUGGAAAGUCAAGCCUCCUGAAUGCCUGGAGUAAGAGUGAAAGAGCUAUUGUUACCGAAAUAGCUGGAACUACAAGGGACAUAGUUGAAGCAAAUGUCUCGAUUUGUGGAAUCCCCGUUACCCUUCUCGAAACGGCUGGCAUAAGUGAAACCGGUGACAUUGUGGAAAAAAUUGGUGUAGAACGAUCAGAGACUGCUGCACUGGGAGCUGAUAUGGUUAUUAUGACAAUAAGCAUAGUUGAUGGGUGGACUGAAGAUGACACUAAACUUAUCAAACGUGUCAUGAUUGAUAAGGAAUGCUCAGGUUCUGCAGUGCCAAUGGUUCUGGUUAUCAACAAGGUAGAUUGCACACCAUUUUUUCCAGGAGAAGAGUUUGAGAAAUUCAGCGGAAUUUUCAGAAAACAUGUGCACACAUGUGCAGUCACUGGUAAAGGCAUUUCUGAGCUAGAGAGCGCUGUAAUAGAGGUCAGAGGUCUUGAGUCCGUGCCUUCCGGGGGACGACGGUGGACUGUAAACCAAAGACAACUGGAACAGCUCAUGAGGACCCAGGAAGCUUUCACAGGACUAGAGUCGUCGAUCAAUGAGCAACUGUCCUUGGAUUUUUGGACUAUUGACUUGAGGGACGCUGCAUUGGCUCUGGCAACAAUCAGUGGAGAGGAAAUAUCUGAAGAAGUUUUGAGCAACAUAUUCAGCAAAUUCUGCAUUGGAAAAUGA